AUGUCCGAUUCCAACCUCCUCACCCCCAACACUCACCUCCUCACCCCCAACACUCACCUCCUCACCCCCAACACUAACCUCCUCACCCCCAACACUAACCUCCUCACCCCCAACACUCACCUCCUCACCCCCAACACUAACCUCCUCACUCCCAACACUCACCUCCUCACCCCCAACACUAACCUCCUCACUCCCAACACUCACCUCCUCACCCCCAACACUAACCUCCUCACUCCCAACACUAACCUCCUCACCCCCAACACUAACCUCCUCACCCCCAACACUAACCUCCUCACCCCCAACACUAACCUCCUCACCCCCAACACUCACCUCCUCACCCCCAACACUAACCUCCUCACUCCCAACACUAACCUCCUCACUCCCAACACUCACCUCCUCACCCCCAACACUCACCUCCUCACCCCCAACACUAACCUCCUCACUCCCAACACUAACCUCCUCACUCCCAACACUAACCUCCUCACUCCCAACACUAACCUCCUCACCCCCAACACUCACCUCCUCACUCCCAACACUCACCUCCUCACUCCCAACACUCACCUCCUCAACCCCAACACUAACCUCCUCACCCCCAACACUAACCUCCUCACCCCCAACACUAACCUCCUCACCCCCAACACUAACCUCCUCACCCCCAACACUAACCUCCUCACCCCCAACACUAACCUCCUCACCCCCAACACUAACCUCCUCACCCCCAACACUAACCUCCUCACCCCCAACACUAACCUCCUCACCCCCAACACUCACCUCCUCACUCCCAACACUCACCUCCUCACUCCCAACACUCACCUCCUCACUCCCAACACUCACCUCCUCACUCCCAACACUCACCUCCUCACUCCCAACACUCACCUCCUCACUCCCAACACUCACCUCCUCAUUCCCAACACUAACCUCCUCACCCCCAACACUAACCUCCUCACCCCCAACACUAACCUCCUCACCCCCAACACUCACCUCCUCACCCCCAACACUCACCUCCUCACUCCCAACACUCACCUCCUCACCCCCAACACUAACCUCCUCACUCCCAACACUCACCUCCUCACCCCCAACACUAACCUCCUCACCCCCAACACUAACCUCCUCACCCCCAACACUAACCUCCUCACCCCCAACACUCACCUCCUCACCCCCAACACUAACCUCCUCACUCCCAACACUCACCUCCUCACUCCCAACACUCACCUCCUCACCCCCAACACUAACCUCCUCACUCCCAACACUCACCUCCUCACCCCCAACACUAACCUCCUCACUCCCAACACUAACCUCCUCACCCCCAACACUAACCUCCUCACCCCCAACACUAACCUCCUCACCCCCAACACUAACCUCCUCACCCCCAACACUCACCUCCUCACCCCCAACACUAACCUCCUCACUCCCAACACUAACCUCCUCACUCCCAACACUCACCUCCUCACCCCCAACACUCACCUCCUCACCCCCAACACUAACCUCCUCACUCCCAACACUAACCUCCUCACUCCCAACACUAACCUCCUCACUCCCAACACUAACCUCCUCACCCCCAACACUCACCUCCUCACUCCCAACACUCACCUCCUCACUCCCAACACUCACCUCCUCACCCCCAACACUAACCUCCUCACCCCCAACACUAACCUCCUCACCCCCAACACUAACCUCCUCACCCCCAACACUAACCUCCUCACCCCCAACACUAACCUCCUCACCCCCAACACUAACCUCCUCACCCCCAACACUAACCUCCUCACCCCCAACACUAACCUCCUCACCCCCAACACUAACCUCCUCACCCCCAACACUAACCUCCUCACCCCCAACACUAACCUCCUCACUCCCAACACUAACCUCCUCACCCCCAACACUAACCUCCUCACCCCCAACACUCACCUCCUCACUCCCAACACUCACCUCCUCACUCCCAACACUCACCUCCUCACUCCCAACACUCACCUCCUCACUCCCAACACUCACCUCCUCACUCCCAACACUCACCUCCUCACUCCCAACACUCACCUCCUCACUCCCAACACUCACCUCCUCAUUCCCAACACUAACCUCCUCACCCCCAACACUAACCUCCUCACCCCCAACACUAACCUCCUCACCCCCAACACUAACCUCCUCACCCCCAACACUCACCUCCUCACCCCCAACACUCACCUCCUCACUCCCAACACUCACCUCCUCACCCCCAACACUAACCUCCUCACUCCCAACACUAACCUCCUCACCCCCAACACUAACCUCCUCACUCCCAACACUCACCUCCUCACCCCCAACACUAACCUCCUCACCCCCAACACUCACCUCCUCACCCCCAACACUAACCUCCUCACUCCCAACACUAACCUCCUCACUCCCAACACUCACCUCCUCACCCCCAACACUCACCUCCUCACUCCCAACACUAACCUCCUCACUCCCAACACCUCCUCACCCCCAACACUCACCUCCUCACCCCCAACACUCACCUCCUCACCCCCAACACUCACCUCCUCACCCCCAACACUCACCUCCUCACCCCCAACACUCACCUCCUCACCCCCAACACUCACCUCCUCACCCCCAACACUCACCUCCUUACCCCCAACACUCACCUCCUCACCCCCAACACUCACCUCCUCACCCCCAACACUCACCUCCUCACCCCCAACACUCACCUCCUCACCCCCAACACUCACCUCCUCACCCCCAACACUCACCUCCUCACCCCCAACACUCACCUCCUCACCCCCAACACUCACCUCCUCACCCCCAACACUCACCUCCUCACCCCCAACACUCACCUCCUCACCCCCAACACUCACCUCCUCACCCCCAACACUCACCUCCUCACCCCCAACACUCACCUCCUCACUCCCAACACUCACCUCCUCACCCCCAACACUCACCUCCUCACCCCCAACACUCACCUCCUCACCCCCAACACUAACCUCCUCACCCCCAACACUAACCUCCUCACCCCCAACACUCACCUCCUCACCCCCAACACUCACCUCCUCACUCCCAACACUAACCUCCUCACCCAACACUAACCUCCUCACCCCCAACACUCACCUCCUCACCCCAACACUCACCUCCUCACCCCCAACACUCACCUCCUCACCCCCAACACUCACCUCCUCACCCCCAACACUAACCUCCUCACCCCCAACACUAACCUCCUGA